CAGUGUGUUGACAUCCAGAAGGUAAGCAGCAGUCUGGAUUUUGCUUCAUUAUUUCCUGUUAUAGCUUCAGGAACUACUAACUUUCUACUUGUUUUCAACCUGCUGAGUAGGUAGCCUCACACAACAUGUCCUCUCCAGAGAUCGCCUCUCUCUCCUGGGGCCACAUGAAGGUGAAGGGAUGCUCCUCCGGCUACAAGGACUGUAAGGUCUGGCCUGGAGGCAGCCGGGCCUGGGAUUGGAGAGAGACUGGGACCGACCAUCACCCGGGAGUACAACCUGCGGAUCUGGAGGAGGUGCUGAAGAAGGGAAUAGACUUACUGGUCAUCGGCAGAGGCAUGAGUGAAGCUCUGCAGGUUCCGUCGGCCACGCUGGACUUUGUGAAGCAGAAAGGUGUCGACGUCAAAGUCUUGCAGACGGAGAAGGCUGUUGCUGAAUACAACAAACUGGUUGGCCAGGGCGCCAAGGUGGGCGGGGUCUUCCACUCCACCUGUUGAUGAUGUCACCUUUGCCUCGCUGCACCAACUGAGAUAACCUGCACAGGAUGGAGGACAGCGCCAUGUCCCACAGUCUCUGUUUGGCCAUACAUAUAGCUGGCCAGCUCUUCUAGCUCUCAGCUUUUCUCAGCAUGAUUUAGCGUUGAAACAUCUUAAUGUCCAACUUAUUAUUAUUAUUUCAAACGUUACUUUUAGAUCAAGUUGAAGACGCGAUACAAGUACAUUUGAUUUUAGAGGCCAAUUUUGUGUAACGUUAAAGUACAAUGAGCAGUUUUUAUUAGUCAGGUAAAAGGCAGGUCUUAUUGUUGUUGGUAAAAGGUAAUGAAUGUAUUGCUCAGUACUGCUUGUUUGCUACACAAAAUAAAAUUAGAAAAAUGAAUCAU